AUGAAUUUAUCGUUCAUUCUCUUUCAAAACCAUUCCUGCUUGAUUUUAGAGAAAUUGAAAAGAAUAUGCUCUUGUGAUCAUUCGAUUCUAUUGAAUACAUUGUUUCAAAGUAGUAGUAGUAAUAGUAUUGUUGUAACGACUACCACUACUAGCAAUACUCAUUCAUCACCAUCACCAUCACCACUCACCUAUUAUAUUUGUUUCAAACAUCCAUUGGGAGUACAGGUGACUUUAUUCAAGUUACCAUCCUUUCAACACAGAAUGAUGAACAGUCAUAGUAAUAAUAAUAGUAAUAGUAAUAAUAAUAAUGAUAUUCAUCAUAAUCCUAAUAUAAUUAAUCCAACAUGUCAUCAUGAUCAAUGGUUCAUUUCAUGUCCAACCGUAGAGAGACAACAAUGGGAAUAUUAUCCUUUGUAUUUCAACAACAAUGGUUCGACCAACACCAACACACCUUCUUCUUCUUCUUUGAAUCCAUAUGCACCAACUACUACGACUAUGACUGUAGAAUCUUCAACACCCAAACUACCAUCAACACCACAUUCAUGA